AAGAGACAGAAUCCCAACAAUAGCAAAUUGAGAGAGAAACCUCUUAAGCUUUGAUCCAGUCUCCGAUUGCCAUUAGAGAAAGAAAGAGAGAGAGUUUUUUUUUAGAACCCCAAAAAAAAAAAACAAACAAACAUAGAUAUAGAUAGAUAGUAGAUAGAGAAAGAGUGAGAAUGAAGAACCUCACCAUACUCAUCACCUCCCUCCUAGCCCUUGCCCUACUCGACCCAACCCAUGCCCUCGAAUUCGUCGCCGCCAACAAUGCUAUCGGCACCCCCGGCGGCAACCGCUUCGAUUCCGAGUUCGGUCUCGAGUACACUCUCCAGACGAUGAAUUCCGCUUCCGAAUUCAUAUGGCGCGCAUUCCAGCAAGACGAGGCCACUCGGAGGCCGGUGAGCAGGAUUACCACCACCAUAGAGAACGAGGAUGGUGUGGCCUACACUAGUGGUGACCACAUAAGAGUGAGUGCUCAAUAUAUAGCAAACUUCAAUGGAGAUGUUAGGAGAGAGAUAGUGGGGUUGUUAUAUCAUGAGGUAGCACACAGUUGGCAAUAUAAUGGGCAGGGUCAUGCACCAUCUGGGCUCAUUGAGGGGGUGGCUGAUUAUCUUAGGUUAACAAGUGGGUAUGCAGCCCCAUAUUGGAUUAAGCCUGGUGGUGGAGAUAGAUGGGACCAAGGCUAUGAUGUUACUGCCUAUUUUCUUCAGUAUUGUGAGGGGUUGAGGCAAGGGUUUGUAGCUGAUUUGAAUGCUAAGAUGAAGGAUGGAUACAAUGUUGGGUUCUUUCAAGACUUGGUAGGGAAGAGUGUGGAUCAGCUGUGGAGUGAUUAUAAGGCCAGGUAUGGAAAUUGAGUGGCUGAGACUUGACAGAUGAAUAAGAAUUUAAGUGAUUGAUUGAGAGAGACUGUGUAUUACUAGGAGUAAGAGCUGGAUUCCUAGAGAAUGCAUGUUAAAUUCCCUCAACCAGAAGAAAUAAAGACAAACUAUACAGCCUCUCUACCUUCUGAA